AUGUAAACAACUCCAUAGAAACAUACACUUCCGGUUUCUGAAUUGAGAAUCAAACUUUUCUCACUUAUAAAAUUCACACAUGUAGGACUGUUAUGCAUAAGAGGCAGACAGAAGAAUGUCGAAAGCUGCUGUUUCAAAGUCUAGGGCUGAGAAGGCAGGCAAACUGCCUCAGGCCCAGACUCCAGUUGUGUCUCAUGAAAUAGUUCCAGGAAAGUUUAACGACCAUGACUGGAACAUGAUGGUGGACAAGGAUGGUGCUGAGGACUAUGUGGACGACAUAGUUGAUGACCUCAUUGACAUCACCCUUGGAAAAUGUUAUGAACUGUAUAUUCAGAGACAGUUAAUUCCCUUCACAGUUUCACAGGCCAAAGAUGCUAUUUUAAGCAUCAUUGAGUGGCAGUUUUUAAAGAGGGAUGAUGGAGAAAAAGCCCCUGAAACUGAUGGGGGUUGGAUGCAAGAUGAAGAGCCUGACCCUGCAGAGACAGAUUGCUGGGCCCAGGGAUCGGUACCCAGGCAAUUCCUGCCAACGCCAGUAGUGGAGGUACUCCAUGAGGAAGCAGAAGAGCUGGAGGAGGAGGAUGGCAACCAGGAGCUCGAAGAGGAACAGGACGAGGUAGUUAUUCAAGAUGAUCCAGAGUUGGAGGAUGUGGUCUCAGAGCCUGAUGAGGUAGCCAAGGAGGAGGCAGAAAGGCUGGCACGCGAGGAGGAGGAGAAGGCUAAGGCUGAAGCAGAGAAAAAGAAAAAGCGCAAAUUCAAGCGCUAUACAGGCAAGAUUCGGCCAGUGGACAACAACAAGAUGACAGAGUCUCUAGAACAGACUGAGAUGACCCUGCUGUCCGCGGAGAUAGCAGCAAGCAUGCCCCGCCCAAAUGCCAACAUGGGACCCAUAGUCACCAUGCCAGCUUCAUGUCACUCAAUACUCAGGGUGCAGGCUGGGCGUCCUCCAGGCAACAAGGAUGUUGAGUAUGAUGACUACGGUAAUGUAGUGGCAGUCAUCAGGCUGAACCCAGAGAAACUGCCCUCACAUAGGGUGAAGGUGAACUACCGUGUGAUUGACCCGGCAGUGGAGGCAGCCCAGGCGAGGCUUGACUCCAUGAAGACGGGCCGAUAUGUUGCCCCCAAACCACGCACCAAACGCCAACAGCCGGCUGAACAGAGCAAGGACACAGUUAAUGUGAAAGAAUCUGAAUCCAGUCAAAUACCAGCAAAAACAGCACUCCCUCCACCCAUGAUUGAGACCAUGGAAGUAGCUCCAGGAGUGACCAUCAAAGAAGGUGGCAGAUUAAAACACGGACCUUCAAGGUAUAUCCGGCGUAUAGACAUGUUAAACCAGAACCAGAUGGGCUUAAAACCUGUUUCCACCAAGAUGUCCACCCCUCGUCUCAAUGUAACGGACAUUCUUGACAGACACACCCCCAUCCUGCGACCAAUCCACGACAACUCGCCCCUCCCACCCAUUAUGGCCGUACCUCAUCCUCCAGCGAAACCGAAAAUAGCCACAUGAAAGAGUGAAUGGACUAUUUAUUGUUAAAUGCCGUUCUUUAUUAUCGUGCAAAUGAUUGUACUGAUAUUGGCUUGGACUUGAAUAAAUAAUGAUACUUAACCAUGAAAUUAUGUUUGCGAGAAGUAUGUUUUAAUAUUAAUGAGGAAAUUACACUAACAUCUGCAAAACGCUUCCAUUUCAUGAUGGAAUCACGCAAUCUGCACUUUAACAUCAUAUUUUGUGCAUCAACAUAUUUCUAAACACAUUUUGCAGUUGUGAUAUUCACACACUGGUUUGAUGUAAGUCGCUGAAUGUUCUUGAUGCUGUUUAUCUGUGAUAUAUUUUGUAGUUAAAUCAAUUUUCAAAUGUCUGUUUAUAUGUAUCUGGUAUUUUCACAUGUGUUGACAUGUAGUAUAUCAUAAAAUAAUAAACAUAUUUCAGAUGAUAGCAAAUGUAAUUAUUCUCUUAAAACCAAAUGCCACAUAUCACAGAAUGAUGUACUGGUUUAACUUUGCUCUCAUAAAAUAUCUCUUACUUGGAGCUAGUGGCAAAUGAGAUUGAAAUAAGAGCUGUUAUAGGAAUAUAUCAAAUGCUAGGAUUUAGCCUUGUCUGCCAUUUGCAUAUGGUAUAAGUUGUAGAUAGUAAGUUUUAUUCCAAGUCCAUUUCUACAAAUCUUAACCUGAGACACAAACUUCC